AUGAAUCCUCAGAUUGCAAAUUUAGUAUUGUUAUUUUUUGUCGUGCAAGUGGCACGGAAAUUUAACCUAGAAGAUCCUGAUGUAUUGUUCUACGUUCGUGCAGCUUAUGCCACUUCACAACUGUUUGUGCUGUCAUUAUGUUACAUAACCAAUUUCAAGGUCAAAUCAAAGAAUGAUAAUACACCUUUAAAAUAUGUCGAGCCACCAAAACCAUUUCAACAAGAACCCAAUAAAGUAGUGCAAACUACUUAUCGUGACUACGACCUAGAAAAAGUUGAUGAGCUCAUCAAACAAACAUUAAUGGGUGUUGUAAUCAUGAGCGCUCUACACUUCUACUGGAAUUUUACGCAGCCAUUAUUUAUUCAGACGAUAUUGCCAGUGAAGAAUGUGCUGCAGAAUAAUGUUAUUCGGAUUCAUUUAUUAGGUCAUAAGGCGGAAGGUGAACUGAAACGACCUUUCAAAAAUGUCAGUCCAUUUGGUGCCUUAGCAGAAGCUCAGCAACCUGCGACGGAUAAAGCUUCAAUCAAGAAAGCGGAAAAGGCUGCAAAAAAGGAUGAAUAA